UCGCAGCAUCUACAGUCUAUAGUCUAUACUAACCCGUUCCCCUAAACUGUACCUCAGCCAACACUUAUCUCAUUUCAACAUCUUUGCAAAAAUGGCCGCCGCCGCACCUCCACCUUCACCAUCACCAGUCCCCUCCGUCAUAGGUGAAGACUUAAUCCCAUCCAGCCAACACCAAAUCUUUUCCCGUAUCCGCCUCGCCACCAUAACUGAUGUUCCUCAUAUCCACAAACUCAUCCACCAAAUGGCCGUUUUUGAAAAACUCACUCAUCUCUGUUCCGCUACUGAAUCAUCACUUGCCACUACUCUCUUCCCUCCCAACUCUCCUCCUCCUUUCACUUCCUUCACUGUUUUCCUUCUAGAAGUUUCCAAGAACCCUUUCAACCCAAUUUCCCAAAAUACCCCUAAUUUCACCCCGGUGCUUAAAACUGUAAAUCUUGAUCUCCCGAUUAAUGACACUGAAGAGGAGGUGUUUAGGACAAUUGAUGAUGAUGAUGAUGAUGUUGUGGUUGCUGGGUUUGUGUUGUUUUUUCCUAAUUAUUCGACGUUUUUAGCGAAACCCGGGUUUUAUAUUGAGGAUAUAUUUGUGAGGGAGUGUUAUAGGAGGAAAGGUUUUGGGAAAAUUUUGUUGUCUGCUGUGGCGGCACAGGCGGCUAAGAUGGGAUAUGGGAGAGUGGAGUGGGUGGUUUUAGAUUGGAAUGUGAAUGCUAUUAAGUUUUAUGAGGAAAUGGGAGCGGAGAUUAUGCAAGAAUGGAAGGUUUGUAGGUUGACUGGUGAUGCUCUUCAAGCAUUUGCCAGUGUUAACAUUUGAGUUUUAAAGAUGUCUUCAAUUUGAAUACUCCACUGUGAUGUGUGGAUGUAAUGGUUGUAAGUGUUAUCAGUAGCAAUUAAAUAAAGAAUUUCAUGUGUUUUUGGUA